CAUGGUUUGGUCAAAAUCAAAUGUUAUUUCUCGUUUGGUUUUUCGGUAACUUUGAAUAGUUUCGAUCUUCAAUUUAUUACCGUGUACAGAAUUGGAGAAUUCACAACAUUCGUGCCUCAAAAACUCCGUCAAAGCUAGAAUGAAUUGGAUGAGAGAUGUGCCAAUGAAUCGAUGUUUGUUUUGAGUUUUCAGAGAAUGCGGCACUUCAACAGAACACACUCGAGUCUGGCUGUGUUUGGUAUCACUGCCUUUGUAGUGUUUUUUGGUCUUGAUCCAUUAGAGGGUGUAAAAUUGGUUUCAAGAUUUUUUGUCUCAACGCCAACAUGCGCAUUGAUUCAUCAAAGGGUUCAAAAAGGGCAUCCAGAAUUAUACAAAGAAUCCUGUUUUGUUAAUAAAAUUGGAGAAUGUAGGGCUCAAAAGCCAAUGGCCUGUAGAGGAGAACCGAACUUUGUUAAUAAAAUGCUUAUAGAAAAACAAAUCGAAGAUGAUAGAAAAUUGGAGAAGGUUGAAGCAAGUCUUGCAAAAGCAAGAGCUUUGAUAAAAGAAGCCUUGUUAUUGAGAACCAAUGCCACCGUGCUUCAAGAUGACACAAGUGAUUAUAUUCCAGAAGGAGACAUAUACAGAAAUGCAGUUGCUUUCCAUAGGAGUUACCAAUUAAUGGAGAAGGUGUUUAAGAUCUUCGUGUAUGAAGAGGGAGAGCCCCCUCUAUUUCAUUAUGGUCCAUGCAAGAACAUAUAUUCUAUGGAAGGAAUCUUUAUCAACUCAUUGGAAAUCAAUUCUCAAUUUCGGACUCAGAAUCCAGAUGAAGCCCAUGUCUAUUUUCUGCCCUUUAGUGUUGUGAUGAUCCUUGAGCACCUCUUCCACCCAGUUAUUCGUGACAAGGCCGUAUUGGAGAGAACUAUCGGUGAUUAUGUGCACAUCAUAUCCCACAAAUAUAAAUAUUGGAAUAGAAGUUAUGGAGCUGACCAUUUCAUGCUUUCUUGUCAUGAUUGGGGACCAAGAGCUACAUGGUAUGUUAAAGAAUUGUAUUUUAUAGCAAUCCGGGUACUAUGCAAUGCAAACAUCUCUGAGCAUUUCAAUCCCAAGAAGGAUGCAUCAUUUCCUGAAAUCAACUUGGUAAAUGGGGAGACAAGAGGUCUUAUCGGUGGGUACCCUCCAUGUAACCGAACAAUUUUGGCCUUCUUUGCAGGGCAAAUGCAUGGUAGAAUUAGGCCAGUGCUUUUCCAGCAUUGGGAGGGCAAAGACAAGGAUGUGCUAGUUUAUGAGAAACUCCCAGAUGGAGUUCCAUACCAUGAGACAAUGAAGAAGAGCAAGUAUUGCAUUUGUCCAAGUGGGUUUGAAGUGGCAAGUCCAAGAAUUGUUGAGGCAAUCUAUGCACAAUGUGUGCCUGUGAUAAUAUCACAACAAUAUGUGCUUCCUUUUAGUGAUGUUCUGAAUUGGGACUCUUUCUCGGUUCAGAUUUUAGUGAGUGAUGUACCCAAGCUUAAGGAAAUUUUGUUGGGUAUAUCGGAGGACAAAUACAUGAGAUUGCAAGAGGGAGUUAAGCAAGUGCAAAGACAUUUUGUGGUGAAUAAUCCCCCAAAGAGGUAUGAUGUAUUCCAUAUGAUUAUUCAUUCCAUAUGGCUAAGGAGGUUGAAUGUGCGUGUGAAAUAAGUCAUCAACUCUAUUAUGUUCUCUCUCUAUUCAUACUUUUGCUAAUGGUUUUAAAGUUUAAUUGUUUGACCUUCAAUAUUUUGAUACUUAAAAGAUAAUAGAUUCGAGUAUAAUUUUA